CCUACUGAAUCGAGUUUAUGCAAAGGUAAAAUCGGGUCUUUCUUUUUAACAAUAAACCAGAUACAGCUUUUAUGUUUGAUUUUUAGUAAUUUAGGGUUCUAGCUUGCAUGUUGUUUUGAUGUGUUUCGAUUGGGUUUACUAUUUUGCAGGAAGGUUUUGUUUAAUUCAAGUUCUUCUAGUGUCAAGCUCAAGUUAAGCAAAAGAGAAUAACAUCUAGCAGGUACCUCACUCACACUUGAUUCUUUAGCAGUUCUCUACUGUUGUUGUGGCUUACUUCUACUAUUCCUAAUAACCUUGUAUGCACAUUUGGUCGGAGCUACUUUAACAUGGAUAAAGCUUGGGUCUGGUUACCAAGGUUCCUCUGUUUAGGUGUAAUUGGGCUAACAAAGGAAAUGGAGUCAAAGUGGAAGAUGGUUUCACACUUGUGAAUCUCCAUCAGAAUCAGUCAUCAUACUUAAAUGAUCCUUUCAUACUGCCAUCACAAGCUAAACAAAUUUUCUACUCUAGAGAUGAUGAUUGCUCACCUUGGUAAUUGAGUACAAUGGAAACUGUACCAAACAGGAAAACCCGUCGCAGUAAGCGCCAAGUAGGCCUUGAAGCGAGUCCAGCAGUGUCACUAACACAGAAAAAGAAACAAAAACCAGGGCCUGCAGUGAAUACUGUAGAUAAGGAUGGAGAUAAAACUGCAGAGAAUGAGAAAGCAAGAGAAUCACUUGACACAGAAAAUGAUCAAAUGCUUGAUGAAGAAGCAGAAGAAAACUCACAACAUGAAGAAGAAGAAAUCAAUCCUCCUUCCAACCAAAGCGACUCUAAUGCUUCUGAGUCACAAACUCAACAGUCUAGUAACAACAAAAGAAAGACAAGAGGUCCAACUAGAAUGCGCAAACUUGGAAAGAGUAGUGAUGAUAAGGUAGAAGUGGACUUUAAUGCUAUAGGUAAUCAUGUUGGACGUGGAUCAGUUAGACUAUCAUCCUUUGUUGGUAUCAUUGUGAGAGAGCAUGUGUCAGUACUGCUAGAUGACUGGAGACAUCUAGAUGUAAGGACAAAAGAGAUGAUGUGGGAAGAAAUCCAGGGGAGGUUCAAUUUAAACGAAGAUUGGCACAAAAGAGUUAUCUUAGGUCAGAUGUGUAAUUUGUGGAGGUCUUCUAAAUCUCGUCUUGUUGCCAAAAUUCGGAAUCUUAAAAGCAAGUCUGAAAUACUGGAACUAAAGCCUACCAAUAUCCCAUGUGCAUCGGCUUGGAUGAGUUGGGUGAAGAGCAAACAAAGCAAGGCUUUUCAGGAAAAAAGUGAGAUAUUCAGGAAGAUGAAGCAAGGUCAAAUUCCGCAAACCACCAGCCGCAAAGGCAUGGCUCGAUUAGAAGAUGAAAUGAAAAAAAAGAGUUCUGAGCCUAGCAAAGUUACUAGAAGUAAGGUGUGGAUUGCAGGACAUACACAUUCUGAUGGGAGACCUGUUAGGGAAGAAUUUGCAGAAACUAUUGAAAAGAUUAAGGCGAUAGAUAGUGAAAUUGGUUCAACAUCCACUGAUAAUGUUAGGGAAGAUGCUGUGAGUAAGGUACUUGGAAAAGAUAAACCAGGAAGACUUAGGGGGUUGGGUAGAGGCGCUACUAUUACUAAGUUGGACUUUUUAAAGGCUAGAGACUCACAUGUUAGGCAGCUUGAAGCUAGUUACACUGAUUUAAAAAGCAAGUAUGAAAAUUUGCAUAUUGUGGUUUCUGAGAUUGCUUGUAAAAAGAUUGAUCAUGGUUCCAAAUCUGACUUAAGUGAUGUUAGCAAAGGAGGAGUUAGGUGCCAGAUACUGAAUUGGCAGUUAGAUGGGGAUGUGGUUGUUGGAGAAGGAGAAUUCUGCUCCUCUGAACACACAUAUAAGAUUGGUCGAAUUCCAUUAGGUCCUAAUGCAGCUGCUGUGCUUGUGAAUUCAGUAUCAGACAAAACAGCAUCUCUUUGGAGACCACUCAGUCAAACUAUUGUUUCUCUUCAUCAAGCUAUAGGAAUGAAAGUUGCAUGGCCCUUUGUGAAGAUUAUAUUGGAUGAUGACGCAACGCAACCUCCUGAUACUAUGAUGUCUGAGGAACCUGCUGAAGAAGUAGGACUAGUUGAUAUCUAUGAGUAUUGGAGAGAAGAUGAUGAAGUGAUUGCUCAGGGUAUAUUGAUAUCAACUGACCCUUCACAAUUGGUUAAUGGUAUGCCUCUGGGACUAAAGGCUACAACUGUUAAGAUCACGUUGGUGGUUAAACCUGAUGCCUAUCUAUGGAGACCAACCACUGAAAUCCCCUUUAUGGCUGAUGCUCUCAAUGAGACCAUUGCAUGGCCUUUUGAUAGGUUAAAACAACAGGUUCAACCUGAAGACGCAAAUAGGAAAUCACCAAUGGAGGAAGCAACUACAAAAUCAGUAGAGAAGGUAAGUUUUUUCUGUAUUGGAUGUGUUGAUGUUGCCAUGCCUUUUGAUAGGAAAAAAACUAAAUAUAUUUGUCAUUUUGGUUUUAGAGUGGUAGUCCUAGCACUGGUAGUAACGGCAAAGGUGGGAAACCGAAGUGUGCUCUUAUGGAUAUUGGAAAUUCUGGUCAGAGAGUUGCAAUAGGUCGUGUGUAUUCCAAUGAUCCAGCUGAUACGGUCCAUUGCAGACCGUUAGGUCCCAAUGCUAGCAAGGUCUUGGUAGAGAUUCCGAAGGUUAAUGAUGCACGAGUGUGGAGAGCAAGUCCUGAAUUUGAAACAAUAGCUGAUGCAGGAGGAACAUUUGUGGCUUGGCCUAAUGAGAAGAUUAUAAUGCUGUGAGUGAGAGACAUCUUUGAAACUUGUUAUCUUACUACUUUAAACUUGUUAUCUUAGUACUUUAGACUUGUUAUCUUAGUACUGUUUAAUAUGCAUGUAAAACUUAUGUAUUUGGUUUAUAUUAUUAAUGAAUUAUUUCCUC